GCUUGCUGAGUACCACUGGUGAUCAGGCGUGAACCUGUUUACUGUUGGGCGGUGCAAGAGCCGUGUUUCUGUCACUGUCCUAUGUGCUAUAUUUAAAACUGUAAUUGUACUGCGAUUUUUUUUUUUGUUUUGUUGCAGUGGGCAGAACAGUUCAAUUUUACACUUAAAUCGUUCUGUUCCUCAGGUUUUGCGAAUGCCACAUUUUUACGAAUUGCAUUUAUUGCAAUUUCAUCACGUCUGACUGUCUUAAAGAUCGGUGUUUAACAUUAGGUCUGCAGUUACACUCGUCAGUCUUAUCAGAAGCUCCGGACCAGAUAUCGCUCGGGAGUCCCGGGGCGUCGAACUUUCCUCCGACGCUUCUUGUAGUUUCCAGCGCAGUUUACGGGUAAUCGGACACGACACGGAUAAAGGGAAGGGGUGUUGCUUAAUGGGGGAGGGAGGCGGUGGCACAAGAGUGACAGCGCGAUUCUCUAACCGCGCCUGCGUUACCAGUUGAACCAAACACAGAGAUAAAAGGGGUGGUACGCCCGGGUGCUCACGUUAGUCAUUUCCAGGGGAGGAACGACCGCGGCUGCCUUUGUAGACGAAAAGAAAGUGAAAACCGUUACUUUGUCUCGAAAUUUUUACCGGCGAACAAUAACAUUUAUUCGACUGGAUCUGAAUCAUGAAGGCAGUGUACGACCUCACACAAGUAAUCUGGAAGAAAAACAACGCACUUUCUCAAAACGUUAAUAACCAGAAUUGCUGGUGAAUUUAUUGGUGCUCUGUGUCGCUGAAAAUGGAAACUAUUGUGGGUCCUGGGAAGGAGAGAGCGGACGGGGCCGCCGUGCAGCGAUCGGGGGACGCGGCGAUGUUGAUCCUGCCCUGGACGAAGCAGAUACUUUGUGUCGUUUGGGAUCAUUUGCGCUUUCUCGUUCAUGUUAUUUACUACAGCUUCCUAGCAGUCUUCCAGAUGUUCAGACUGGAGGUACACUUGAGGAUCACGGAUGAGACGGGCCGUCACGUCCAGCACAUGAGCACGUCUGACGGGCCGGCUGAAUCCUUCAUCCUCUCUUCUUUGUUUGAUGGGACAAACAUGCUGUCCAAGUGUGGCGUGGACACGUAUGCGGGAGGCUCACACGCCGCGCUGCUCUCUGGCCUGCGGCCAGAGGACCUGUGCUGCAGUUUGGUGGACGAUUUUGUCUUGCGUGCUACUGAAUGCUUCUCCGAGUCUGAUGAAGAUAUGUGCUUGGGGCAUCACCCUAGCUGGCAUCCAAAUAACAAUGCUGACUGGGACAUACAUGUGGCUGAAGACUUAAAUGGCACAGCUGACAUGUGCUGUAACUACAACACACCUGUGGAGGUAUUUGACGCAGCACCUGAGUCCGAGUGCACUAAAGACCUGGAGGAAACUUCAUGGGAUGACGAUUAUGAUGAUGAGGAUGACGAUGAGUCCAACCUUCAGCAGAACGAGGCAAUGUGGGAGUCUUUUACAAAAUGUAACGAUCCUUACAAUCCCUUAAGUUUCUCUGCUUGUAUGUCUACCUUCUCCAAGAAGGAAUACACACAUGAGACAGCAGAACGUAGAAAUGGGAAGAACCCCAAUUCUACCCAAAAAGAGGAAACUCUACAAAAGACAUAUCAGGACACCGGCCACGUCUGUUCAGACAGCGAGAGCGGUUGGGACAGUUCCUGCGAGUCAGCAGCCGAGGAGGACGAGGACAGCCAGAAGAUCUGGGAUUCAUUCACCCAUCCUGAAGACCCUUACAACCCCCUGCACUUCACGGCCUGCACCUCCAGCUCCCAGAGAGCUUGUUCAGGCGGUGUCAGUCAUGGGGAGGAGACACCCAGUGUUGCAGCUCAUGAUGAUGAUGAUGAUGAUGAUGAGUUAGAUGGAUUGGGACAGGAUGACCACAUGGGAGGUAGUGAAAGUGAUGAAGCCCAUUUCUCAGAAGAGGAUGAGCUGUGGAACUCAUUCUCCCCGGGUGACGAUCCUUACCACCCUCUUCACUUCCGGGCUUGUCUCCGGAGCUCCCCGCCAGCACAUGGCAUGGCACGCCUUGGCCCCCAGCUCACAGACACGACCACCCAACCAGAAGGUUUACAGAAGGCCUGCAUGACAAAGCCACGUUUGCCAAAUAGACACUUUAAGCACUGCUGCUCCCAGAGGUCCUGGGACAGUCCAAAGACUGUCCCCUGGACGAAGAGAAGGCUGACUAGCGGGUUUUCAGCAGAGCCUCAGAAAAAGGACAAACCACAGAUAAAAAAGGUGAGGUUCUCACCCGUCAUCCAUGUCCACGUCAUGCGGGCCUGGUCCUCUGCCCUCCAGGCGUCCAGGAAGGGACAGUGGGAAGAAAUGGCCCGCGACCGGGAUCGUUUCCAGCGGCGGAUUGCGGAGGCGGAGCAGGCCAUUGGUUACUGCCUGAGUGCUUCACACAGGGAAAAGAUUCUGGCUCGUAUACAGGACACCUGACAGCACCUACCCCGCCCCCCCAUCACAAACUCUAAAGUAGAAUUUUUAAAUUUCUUUACAAGCAUUUAGACACUGCAGAUAUUCACUUUCGUCUCUUUGUCUUGGUCAGCUGAAUCAGCUGGGUUGAGUCUUAUUUAAACGCUCAAGAGAUUCUUUGUUAUUUAUUUACUGUUCUGUUGUUGUCAGUACGGGGCUCAUGCACUGAUUUUUUUAAAUUUAUCUGUUGAUAUGUAAAUAUGGUUGACUUUUAUAUGCCUUACAGAUCCACCAGUGUCUAUGUCAGCAUAUUAAUAUGCCUUUAUUUUGCAAUCUUUUAAACACAAAUAUUUUUGCAAUUCUUUGUUUCAGUAUAAAGACAUGGUUUAUGGAUUAUAGUUUGGAGAGCUUUGACACUGAUUUGAGGAACAACCACUUUUCUAUUGUUAAUAAAAGCUGUUGCUCUUUUCAUUUCUG